AUGAGCUACGACCGCGCUAUCACUGUUUUCAGCCCUGAUGGGCACCUGAUGCAGGUAGAAUAUGCCAUGGAAACUGUGAAGAAGGGUGGAUGCGUGGUCGGCGUGAAAGGAGGUGAUAAUGUUGUCAUUGCUGCUGAGCGUAAGACCACGACAAAACUACAGAUUCCAAGGAGCUCAAAGAAGAUCCUACAGCUUGAUAACAAUAUCGCGAUAGCCUUUGCCGGACUCAAUGCUGACGCAAGAGUUCUAAUUAACAAGACACGUCUCGAGUGCCAGAGAUAUCGCCUUAACGCCGAUGAAGUUGCCUCGGUUGGGUAUAUUGCUAAGUACAUCGCAAGGCUACAGCAGAAGUACACUCAUAGAGGUGGUGUAAGAUUAUUCGGUGUCGCGCUACUUAUCAUGGGAUAUGAUUCGGAUGGAAAACCUGGUCUAUACCAAACUGAGCCUUCAGGUAUCCAUUCAUCCUGGAAAGCUCAAUCUAUCGGUCGUGGUGCCAAGAGCGCUCAAGAAUUUUUGGAAAAAAAUUAUGUUGAGGGUAUGAACUCAGAAGAUGCCGUGGCACUCUCCAUCAAGGCACUCAUAGAAGUUAUGGAGGUGUCAUCCAAGAACGUUGAAGUGGCUAUAUUGGGGCCAAACGGAUUGCAAAUGUUGAAGGAAGAAGAGAUUGACGAGGUGCUACAACGCAUGAACGAAGCCAAGGCAACACAGUGA